UGCCGGCAAACCAAACAAAUUGAACAACUCGAAAAUGGCAACAGAUCUCAACGAUGAACUGGACACCUUGGAUCCCACCUCGAAGCUGGUGCCGCCGCGCAUAGAAUCUCCCACUGCCCACAAGAUAGUUGUCCUAAUUCUGCUCAAGCAGUAUGUAAUUAACAAGAAGGUAUGCUUGGACACGGGCAUCUCAAUGCGUCCGCAGAAGCGGCGCAUGUUUUACAUGCUCAUCUUCAAGCUAAUCCAGGAGGCAGACAAGAGCUACGACGAGCUGCACGCUCUGCUCACCACAGGGCGCUACAAAUUGGACAAGCUGAUGCUGGAGGCGUUCGAGAAGGCCAUGUCCGAGUUCUGUGCGGGCAGCAUAGAGGCCCUGUUCGACUUUGCAGAGAUCCAGAACAUAGACGAGAUUCUGAACGAGAACUAUGGCAUCAGCCAGUUCAGCAUGGUGGGCGUCUAUGUGCGUCGCGUGGGCGUCGUCCUGGAGCGGCUCAGCUUCUCCGACAUGAUGGACAUGUAUCGCAACAUUUGCUCGUUCUAUGAGCGUGGUGUGCGUGCCAUGGCCUCGGGCCCAGGGCCACGCAAGGCAGUGGCCGGCGGAGUGCUGCACAGAGAGGAGACCCCACCGCCAGCUUCUGUCCAAGACAAAUCCAGCGCGGACGACAAAAAGAGCGACGAUGCUGUGGCACUUUGUCCAGACGGGCGCAAUCUCUUGAGCAAGUGGGCCCCAAAGCAGGCCAAAUACUUCAUCAACAAACAGUCGGAGCUGUUGGAGACCAAUGAACGGCACUCCCUGUCGCCGAUGGAGCUGCAGCGCAAGGUGCAAGAGAUGAUACAGGAUCUGCCGCUCACGACAACUCCCUACUUUCUUGGCUACAUGAACCAGCUGCGCGUGAGGGACUACUACACCUCGCUGUCCGCUCUGCAUCGCGCCCUGGACCGCAGCCCCGUGCGGCUGAUGAGCCAGGAGAAGGGCUAUCAGUAUUUCUGCGUUAAUCUUGCCGUGCUGCAUGCCACUUUCGGGCACCGCGAUGAGGCACUGUCCGCUCUCAGGGAGAGCAUCAUGCUGGCCCAAGAGCACGGGGACAAGCGCAGCCUCAACCUAGCCAACACCUGGUAUUGUUUGCUGCGCGACGAGCUGCCGCUGUCCACCGUGCAGCGCAGUGUGUCCGAUGCCAAUGAAGUGGACGGCUCGCUGCUGCAGAACUACACUUUGGCGCUGCAUUUUGCCGUCAAGCUGGGCACAGUUGCCGGCUACAAGCCGCUGCGCCUGUUCGACCUGCUGCACCACAGCGAUAAUCUCACAAAUCGCAACAAUUUCGUGGACCACGCCUCUGAGGCCCUGGCGCUGAGGAGCGCCGUCUGGGCUGCCUAUGGCAGGCACGAGCUGUCCGCCCUGUACUCCCAACUGCUGCUCACUGCUCGGGAUCGCUUUAGCAAUGGUUCGGCCGGAUUGGGCAGUGCCCUGGCCAGCUAUGCGCUGUGGCUGCAGCUGCAGGGUCAGCCACAGAUGUCGCGGGUGCUGCUAGAUCGCGCCAGAAGCCGCUUUCCGCGUCUGCCCAGCGCCGAGGGCUGGAUGAUAAGCCAGUGCCAUGUGAUCAUACAAGCGGGCAUCUAUCAGUGUCGCUGGCACGAUGCCCUGAAAGCCUGCGACCAGCUGUAUCUGCUGGACAAAUCGGAUGCCCUGAUGCAGCGCGCCUCCAUCUAUGUGGCCAAGCGGGAGUUCUUCAAUGCUCGCCGCCUGCUCGACAAUCUGGCCACGCAGACCCAACUGCCCUUCCUGCUGCGUAUGCGCAUCAAGGUGAUGCUGGGUUACUGCGGCCUGGCCGAGGGUCGCUUCUCCAGCGAAACGACAAUGCUGCUGAUGAGUGUGGCCGAGGAAAUGGCCGACUCGCAGAUGGACUACGAGCUGGCCCUGGUGGACAUGCUGCUGGCGCAGCAGCUACUGCUCCUGGGCUUGCCUCAGAAGGCCUAUCAGGCCAUCAAGCGUGCCAUGCACGACAUACACACCAAUGGCGGCAUCUUUGAGCGGGCCAGAACCGAUUUUGUGUUUGUUCGCUGCCUGCUGGCCAUCACGCCCAACAAUGUGGAGGCGCGCAAGGCUCAGCUGCUGAAGUCGCUGGACAUACUGGAGCGCGCUGCCAAGUCCUUCAAGCAGCUGCAGGCCCACUCCAAGGUGCUGGAUGUGUUCGUGUUCCUGGCGCAGCGCUUCAACGACUUUGGCGAACGGACGCUGCGGAACAAGUAUGCCGGUGAGUUUCGUCGCUAUUUCACAGAGCAUCCCAUACCGCGCGAACACCUGGGCAGUCCCUGAACUGGUCGCUGUCGUUUAACUAUUAAUAAACAUAGUUUUAUUAAUUUGUUUA